AUGCUGACUAGGCUGUCAAACAAAGAUGAAAUAGAAACUCCCUCGUUCGCGAUAUCUGACCUUUCGAAAUAUUAUCAAUUCAGUUGUGAUAAAUUAUUACGAAACAUUGCAAGUGAAUAUAGAAAAAGGAAGAAUAAGGACGGAGGAAAAUUACAUGCUCACACGAAGGCGUUAAUUAAUCGGGGCAUCGAAUUCGAAAAGCAAAUCUUAAAUAAGUUGUCUAAUGUGUUUGAUUGUCGGGAGAUAAGUCCGUCCAAAUCUCGAGACUUCUUAAGGAAUUCUCGGACCGGGCAAGUUUUUUACCAAUUGAAAGUGAAGGUACCCGAGGAGUUAUAUUGUGACCUGGGUAUCGUGGGUAUCGCGAGGUUCAAACAUUUCGUGCCCGAUUUCAUCAAAGUAGUGGAAGAGGAUGGUGAAAAAAAAUUAAUGAUCUUGGAUGCCAAGAUCUCGAAAACUGUACGCUUUUCGCAUCAGUUUCAAGUCGCGUCAUACGCGUAUCUACUAAAUUAUGUCAUCGAGAAAAUUCGUGGUCUAUCGAUAUCACGCACGGGUGGCAUAUAUCUGCCACCCUUUGAACUCCACACGUUUCGAAUGGACUUCAUACUUCCCAAGGUGGAUCAAUUUUUUCGAUCCGAACUUCCCCGAAUCUUAUCUGCUCAAUCGGUUCCGUGGCAUUAUAAUUCUAGGUGCCGAACUUGCGAAUACGUAGACGAUUGCCGUAUUGAUGCGGAGGACUCCAUGGCCAUGAUCCCAUAUUUAUCCGUGGAAAAAGCGGUCGACUUGAAAAUUCUUCUUCAAGAUUGGAAGAAUCAGCAAUCCGCGUUAAGUGCGAACUAUCUCGAAGGUUCCGCGAAGGAUAUUUUGGAUGAAAGUGGUUGCGGUGAGGAUGCCGAUAUUGAAGACUUGGCAAACUAUUUUGACUCCCUGAAAAUAGAGGAUGAUAAGCCUUCGGAUCGAAUGAUUAAACAGAUUACGAAGUAUGACCAGCAUAUAAAUAAUUCUCCCUAUAUUAAGGCUCGUAAGGAUAGGCAAGCUCAGUUUGUUGGUACUCCUACGGCAACCUUUCCCCAAAAAACAAAUCACAACGUGAUAAUUUCAAUGUCAGUGGAUCCUUUUUUGUUGCGUCCUUUCGCAUGGGGUGUAGGCUUAUACUCCGGUGAUGGGAAUGAGAUAAAAAGUUUCUGUUACGCUGAAUCCAUCACGGGAAAAAAGGAGGAUGAAACCCACGCUGCAUUUGUUACCUUGAUGGGAAAUUUUAUAAUGCGGUUAGAGGGGAUUUUCGAGUAUCUUGCAAAGAAAAAUUCGCGUGCCUGUGUUUUUGUUUUUUCGACCCAGGAAAAAUUGGUGAUUCAAAAUUCUUUGCUGGAAAUUGUCUUAUUGGACCCUAGCACGAUAUCUCCUGAAAUCCAAAACGCGGCCACAAGGUGUCUCUUCAACCUUUUCGAAGAUUGUUCUUUGCUGUUGGCUACCAGUAAGAACACCGAUGGGGAUAUUACAGAGAUUCCAGGUGGUUGGCGGGAAUUUCCGAGGUUGGUGAUUUUGGAAAAUGCGAUUCAGGAAAAUGUUGCGAUGGACGUUGCUGGGUUUUACCGUUUUGAGGACGUUUGGAAACAAAUGGUUAGACACACAAUCGAAGAUGAGGAUCUCCGUAGAGACUUGGAUUCUGAGAUCAAUGCCAUUGAUCUUGAGAAUAUUUAUGCGAUUUGGUCUUCUUGUAAAGUUGCCGAAUAUGAGAUCAAUAAUUCACAUAAAUUCAGGUUGAGCUUUAUUAACGCCGUUAUUCAAGCAUAUUAUGCGCUGCUCGCGAAAUCGGGAUAUGAUAUCGAAUCAAAGCUGCUUUUCUCUCCGCCUCCCUUCACUCUUACCGAGGUUAGAACUUUUCGACAUCACUACCUGGGAAAGUUAUAUUUUUUCAAACAAUUUGAGGCCUUUUCGCAAUGCUCCCAAUUGAAAUCAGGAAGAAUGAAAGAUUUGAUCCUUGGUGAGGCAGUCAGUGGCUUACGAGUGAAGCUUGAAAAAUUUGUUAAAAGAGAGGGAGACGAAUGGAUUGCCUGCCUCGAGGUUAUGAGUAGUGGCAAUGAAUUGAGUUUGUUGGAGUCAAAGUCUUUGAAGGAAUUUAUCUUAGUGGAUGACACUCCUGAGGCACGUGGCGUUUUGGAAGCGAUUCGCUUUCCCGAUAUGAAAUAUCGUGCGGAAUUUCGCAGGUACCCACUCACGAUGUUAUGUAUACAAGAGUCGAUUAACACUGUUCCUUCUAGAAAAUUUAUACACGUGAGAGGGAAAUUCAAGAAAAGGAUCGAUAACACAUCAACCUAUAGACUUUAUAGGCGAUACAUUGAUUUCAAUCUUGACAAAGUUCUAAAAACUCUGAUUGAGAUUGAUGAGAGAGAAUAUGAGCGGUCCGUCUUCUUGGACAUCCUGAAGGAUCCUAAUACAUGGGGGUCUACGUUUCCAUUUGAAAGCAUGAAUUCAAAGGAGACUAAAAAUUUGGCUUUAAAGCUACGAGAUUCUUUUGGGAUGUCAAGUUCACAAAAGAAUAUUUCAGCAAAGUUGUUGGAUCGAAGGUUGCAGAUCGUGUGGGGGCCACCGGGAUCUGGAAAAACGCAUUUUCUGUCGUUAUUUUUAACAUGGUACUUGACCUCGAUGCGACCGAGGCCAGCCGGUAACAAUAGGAACUUUAUUGUCGGGAUAACCGCCUUCACAAGAGCUGCAAUCGAUAACUUGCUGGAAAGGAUUUCUAAAGUUCAAAAGGAGAAACACAGGACCAGCGAAUUUACCUUGGUUCGGAUGGUUAAAGAUCCCAAGAAGAAAGUCGCUAAUGAGGAUAUUAGUGAUUUGAAGGCCGAGCACUUACCAAGAAAGAUCGCCGAUUCCAAAAUUGGGAUUCCGGGGAAACCCAUAGUCAUAGGUGGAACUGUGUGGGAUUGGCAUAAAGUUCGAAAAGAAUGGAAAAACAAAUGGGCGGGGUGUGACAUCCUGAUCAUUGACGAAGGAUCUCAACUAUUGGUAUCAGAUGCAAGCAUUGUGUUAGAAUGUUUAAAUCCAAUUGAAGGAAGACUGAUUGUUGCCGGUGAUCACAUGCAACUUGGUCCGAUUAUACAAAAUUCAUACCCGGUGUUCCCUAACGAUCAUCCUUUGAUAUUUGGUUCGAUACAGCAAUGUUUAAUGAGAAGGGAGGAUGGAACAGUGUUCAAAGAGAUGGAUUUUUUUUUGAAGAGGGGGAAAAAGUACGAUUUUGGUCCUUCCACGAUUCAACUCACGGAUAAUUGGAGAAUGAACGAAGAAUUGACCAAAUUUUUUCAAAAAAUUUACGGCGACGAUUAUAUUUCGAAAAGUCCUAAUUUGAAGCUAAGCUUUGAAGAUCCCAAAUUAAGGCAUAUCACCAACCCUUAUGUUAGACGUGCGUUGGACCCCAAUAGUGCGAUAGAUAUGGUCAAGAUUACCAUGGCCAAUCAUGAACCACUGGCAGACUUGAGAUUUCCCGCAUCAGUUUUGUCUUCGGAACAAUUUUUGCAGACAGAGGCAAACGUCGUAGCACAAAUAGCAGUGGCUUACUUUAGUUCUCCUCAACCGGAAAAGCCCUCAUUGUUUGUUGUGACUCCGCACCACAGACAGCGUCACGCCAUUCGAUCGAGGCUUCUGGAAUACACGUCGAAUCCAGACUUCAAUUUAAUGAUAGACACAGUAGAAAAAAUCCAAGGACAACAGGCAGAUCUCGUUAUAGCAUGUUUUUGCUUUUUUGAUGCUAAUGAAAUCGCGCGAGAAUCCGAAUUUCUAUUUGACCGCAACAGAUGGAAUGUUGCGGUAAGCAGGGCAAGAUGUAAAGUAAUUAUAAUUACAACAGAUGAAAUGCUGUAUCCGAAGAGAAUGGAAGUAUUUACCAACAAAAGGGCAAGUGAAGGGUGGGUAUUUUUGAGCAUGAUCGAAAGCUGGGUAAAAAACAAAAUGGGAAAAGGUAAGAAUUUGGGGGUCAUUGAAUGGGAAUUUGAGGAGGAAACGGAAGAAAACAAUGUUAGUAUAACCUAG